AGACACCCAUUGUUAAUGAUGGACCUCCUUACAAUAGCUUCCUCUUUAAUUCACAGUGAUAAGAAAUCUCACAUGUUCUGGACUGAGCUAUUCCGCCCAUAGCUGCUGCUGCUGCAACUUCCUUUGAGCAAUAAAGGACGUCACAAAUUUCCAGCUGCAUAUUAGUGAACUCCGGCCACUACCAUCAUGCAAAGUCCAGCAGAGAAAAAACCAGGCGUCUACACCUACGUGAGUCAAUGGCCAAUCUACUCCCUGGCCUGGUCAGCUCGCCAUGACAAGCCUUCACGCCUCGCCAUUGGGAGCUUCAUCGAAGACUACAGCAACAAGGUCGAACUCGUCCAGUUCAACUCUUCCACCUCCGACUUCACCACCGACAACCGCCUCAUUUUCGACCACCCUUAUGCCCCCACGAAUCUGAUGUUCUUCCCCUCCGAUGCGGCCACCAAUCCCGACCUCAUAGCCACCUCCGGUGACUACUUACGCAUUUGGGAGAUCCAUGACGACCGAAUCGAGCUCAAGUCGCUGCUCAAUGGCAACAUGAGCAGCGAGUUCAACUCGGCCAUAACAUCAUUUGAUUGGGCCGAAUUUGACACUCGGAGAGUGGCCACAUCGAGUGUCGACACAACGUGUACGAUUUGGGACAUUGAGAGGGAGGCCGUGGACACCCAACUGGUGGCUCAUGACAAAGAAGUUUAUGACAUUUCUUGGGGUGGAUUCAACGUGUUCGCUUCUGCUUCUGGGGAUGGCACUGUUAGGGUGUUCGACUUGAGAGACAAAGAGAGGUCGACAAUAGUAUAUGAAAACCCUGCUCAAGAUGGGUCAUUGUUGAGGCUAGAAUGGAACAAACAUGACCCAAGGUUCAUAGCCACGGUUGGAGUGGACAGCAACAAGGUGGUGAUAUUGGACAUUAGGUUUCCCACCGCACCAAUGAUGGAGCUUAAAAAGCAUGGAGCCAGUGUGAAUGCCGUUUCUUGGUCGCCACGCAUGGGGCACCAGCUAUGUUCUGUGAGUGAUGAUUCAAGGGCUAUGAUAUGGGAGGUGGUGAGAACCGGGUUUGGAUCCGAUGGGGCGGACGUCGAGCCGGAGAUGUGGUACGGAGCGACGGCUCAGAUCAAUCAAGUGCGGUGGUCACCUGUGGAGUUGGAUUGGAUUGCCAUUGCUUUCAUGAACAAGUUGCAGCUAUUGAAGGUUUAGUAAUUGUAAUAUCGUAUGGUAAAGGUUUGACCAGCAUUUCCAAGUUACAAGAUAACCGUAGCUAGCUGGAGUUGUGGAAUUAACAAUUUGUAAAAUUAUAAUGCAAAGUUGACGUACGUUAUAACCGAUAGCC